GGCGGAUGGAGCUCAAACAGCAGAGGUAACAAGCUGAACUUAGCUGAGAUUUUCAACCCACUGCUGCUCCCUGACACCAACAAACACACCAGGAUGUCUCGUUUUGCUCUGUCUGCGAUUGUGAUGAUGGUGGYCUUCAUCGCUGUCACUGAAGGCCUGCGUGGAGUUGGCCCAAAGAAGUGCUGCUUCAAUUUCAAUGACAAGCCGGUGUCAAAAGAAAGAGUUGUGAGCUACAUCAAAACCAGUCAGCGCUGCUACAACUCUGCCAUCUUGCUGAAUACGGUGGCCGGCCGUCAGCUGUGUGUCAAACCUUCAGCCCCCUGGGUGAAGGAUCUCAUCAGCUACCUGGACACCAAGAAUAUUUUUG